AUGGUACAUAUCGUCUAUAGGGUGAGGGAAUGGAGCAGAUCCUCAACAACGGUGUCUCCGACUAGCGUUUUACAGGGAUUUGAUCAUACUGUUGAUAGGGAAGAAGUUUUAGGUAAGCACGUGAGGGUUAAUAAGGAAGGGAUGGUAGGUUACCUUCUUGGCUCAACCCCAUCAUCGGAUAGCCAUCAUAAACCAUCAUCUCCAUCGCUCGAUCGAGAGAACCAGCAAGAGAUUUUUGAGGUUACGUACAAAAAAGCUGGUUCUGUUAGUUACCUUGCUUUUAUUGAUAGUGUUAAACAGAAACAAUUUAUAAAACCUACAGUACUGAAACCCGGACUAUGA